CAUUGUUCCAAUUCGUUCUCCGUAUCAAGUGAUAACGAUUUAUUGAGCAGUAGUUUGAAGCUUUAGAAAUGGCUUUUUGCAUAUGUAGUUCAUUCCCGGUGUGCAAUAUCCCCAUACACUCAAAAUGGAAAAGCUUCUCAUACAAUGGGUCAAGCUUCCGUAGGUUAAUUGUUUUUUCUACCUCACAAAGUGAUACUACAAACAAAACUUCUAUUGAAGACGUCACCAUAACUAGACGAUCGGCUAAUUACCACCCUGCUAUUUGGGAUUAUGAUUAUGUUCAGUCACUCAGAAAUGAUUUUGUACAAGAUGAAUCGUACAAGGAACGAUCAAGAAAGCUGAAGGAAGAAGUGAGGAUGAUGCUUGGAAAUGUGGUGGAUCCUUUGGAGAAACUUGAGCUUAUUGAUACCUUACAAAGACUUGGUUUGUCCUAUCACUUUGAAGCUGAAAUAAACAACACUUUGAAGAAUAUAAGUUCCGAUCGCAUCAGUACUGCUGCAUGGAAAAAAGAAAAUUUAUAUGCUACAGCUCUUGAAUUUAGAUUGCUUAGACAACAUGGGUAUAAGGUGGAUCAAGAUGUUUUCACUUACUUCAUGGAUGAUGUUGGAAACAUUAAAUCAAGCCUUAAUCAAGAUUUCAAAGGACUGCUCAACCUGUAUGAGGCUUCAUACCACUUAUUAGAAGGUGAAACAAUGUUGGAGAAUGCAAGAGAGUUAGCAGCCAAACUUCUCAAAAAAUAUCUGAAGGAGAACAAUGAUCAUGAAUAUCUUUCGAUGCUUGUGGACCAUGCCUUGGAGCUUCCUCUACAUUGGAGGAUGCCAAGGUUGGAAGCUAGAUGGUUCAUAGAUGAGUAUGAGAAAAGCAAGGACAAAAAUCCCAUUAUUUUAGAGCUUGCUAUAUUGGAUUACAAUAUAGUCCAAUCUAUACACCAAGAAGAUCUUAGAUAUGCUUCAACAUGGUGGAAGGAACUUGGUCUUGGCAAGAGGUUUACCUUUGCUAGAGAUAGGCUGAUGGAAAACUUUUUAUGGACUGUGGGAAUGGAAAUUGCUCCUGAGGAUGGAAAAAGUAGAAUAUUUCUUACAAUGGUCUAUGCGCUAAUAACAGUUAUAGAUGAUGUUUAUGAUCUUUAUGGAAUAGAUGAGUUGGAGCUCCUCACGGAUGUUGUUGAGAGAUGGGAUAUAAAUGCAAUACAGAGGCUUCCAGACUAUAUGAAGAUAUAUUACCAUGCUCUUUACAAUUCCAUUAAUGAAAUGGCUUUCGACACUCUUAAGGAACAAGGGAUAAAUGUCAUUCCUUUCCUCAAGAAACUGUGGACAGAUCUUUGUAAAGCACUUUUGUUGGAGGCAAAAUGGUAUUACAUUGGAUAUACGCCAACUCUACAAGAGUACAUUGAUAAUGCUUGGAUUUCAAUAGGAGGUUCUUUAGUGCUUUCUCAUUCCUAUUUGGUAAAUGAUCAUAUAACAGAAGAAGGGUUGCACAGCAUCCAAGAAAAUUACUCCGAUAUAGUAUAUCGGUCCUCCCUAAUUAUACGAUUAGCAAACGAUUUAGGGACAUCAUCGUAUGAGCUAAAAAGAGGUGAUAUUCCUAAAUCAAUCCAAUGUUAUAUGCAUGAAAGUGGAGCAUCUGAAGAAGAAGCUCGUGAGCAUAAAAAGUUAAUUGACUCAACAUGGAAAAAGAUAAAUGAAGAUCAAAUGGCUAAACUUCCUUUCCUCGAGUUUAUUGAAAUUAUUAAGAACAUUGCUAGAGUGUCUUUAUUGAUGUACCAAAAUGGCGAUGGCCAUGGUAUUGGAAAUGAGGAAACCAAAGAUAGAGUGUUAUCAUUAUUUGUCCACCCAAUUUUUUGCCCAAGUGAUUAAGAAUGUUGGAAUUAUUUCCAUACAGGGCCAAAAAAAUUGUUAGUUUUUAGUGUAAUGUGUCAAAUAAUUUUAUGAUCUUUUAGUAUGGUUUACAAUAAAAUUAUUAUGGUAGUGUAAGGACUAUCCUAGUACA